AUGUUGAAGCAACCCUCAAAGUAUCAGACCACAAUUGUCCUAGAAAACAAAAACUUGGCCGAAACUAAAAGGCUUGAAGAAGAUGCAAAACAAAAGAAGAACUGGAAGAGAUGGGGGCCUUAUUUAUCGGAGAGGCAGUGGGCAACCGUAAGAGAAGACUAUUCUUUUGAUGGCGCUUGGUAGGGACACUCUUUAACAUCUGAUUUACUUUGAUAAUCCUACUUGAUUCGUGAGGGACUUCGUGUCGCACGUGGGUGGGUCCUUAGGGAAGUCCUUAGGGAUGAACACGGAACUGCGCAUGAUCAUUAACACGUAACUGUUCCAAUCUCGACCCAGAGCUCUUUUGCGCAAGUAGAGGAGAGAGAAAAGCACUGGGGUCGAGAAUGGUUAAUUCGACCUGUUCAUUUCUCACGUCGACUCAUGCGUGGUCCUGCUGCCACGAUGAGUUGUGAAGCUGUUUCGCGUAUUAGCGAUUGUGCUUACAUUUUGUCAUUUCGAUACAAUUAGUGAUCACACUGUCUCGUCCAAAAAUCACCAUUCUAUGCUUUGAGUGAAAGAGAAGAAAAGAUGUAAUUUUUGUCUACUUUUCGUUCCAAUUAUUCAUGAAUUGAUUAAAGAUUACGUGCAAAACAGUAGCAUUUUUGUGAACUAAACAUGAAAACAAAAAAAGAUUUGCGUAGAGUUUGCUUCACUCUUCUUUAAUUUCCUAGUUUGAGAUCUUUAACGUGGCUCGAUACAGUUUUUCAGGGUCAAUACCUCCCAAGGAGUUUGACCACAAUCUGCGUCGCCUUGAAAAAAGAUUUGGGAAAAUUGCCACCACAGUUGUAUUAGAUAAAAAUGAAAAUUUGUUAUGAUCAGGGUUGCAACGACAUCGGAGUUGUCAUAGCAACGAAAUGACGCUGUUACCUAUUUUACUUGCAGCAGUAUAUCUCGGCACUGGGAACUAUUCUUUCAAAAUCGUUCACGGGAGCUUUUUCUUCCAAUAGCGGCCUCGAUGCUCGUGAAGUUUAUGCGAAAUCUGUAAGAGCGUUAUCGAGAUAUUUUGGGAUGAAGAUUUUAGGGUUAGAAACAAGGUAAAAAAUGAACAAUCUUGAUGUUUGGCCUUUAUCUGUAGAAAACGAAGCGCUUUUGACAUGCAAUUUCAACUCAUAGUAGUUCAAUCUUUUCAAAAACGUACGUGAAAGAUCAUGGAGAUAGCUUUAGCCGAUUGCUAGAAAGAAGGCUUUGAUUAGUAUCUAUCGAGGCGCUCUUGUUAGCGGUUUUGUAAACAUUUUGGUCUUCUAACAAAUUAGCGAAUAAUUUUAAACCGCUCGAUAGAUUUUAUCGAGCCACCCUAAGUGGUAUACUACUCGAGCCGUAGUUCGUAGCCCGUAGGCAUUGCAUUGUACUAGGUCUCCACAAUUAGUUCAGUUACACUGUACUGAAUGUAAGCUAGAGGGCUGACACUUUUUUAAUUCGCUGAAUAUUAGACUACUUUACAGUCUGGAAAGGUCGACAAUAUUGCCAGUACUAUUUCACCAGAAUUUCUCUACUGCCACGCAGGUUGCACGUGAAAGUGUUAGCCUGUACCCCGUGUACGGUCUGUACGUGAAGUAAUGCAACUUGUUUCGAGAGACUUAACAUAAUAACUUUUUAACAUGCAUGAACUAUUUUGCAAUUAGAAAAGAGCAGAACGCUCAUCAGUAUCAAUCUUAUUUUUCUUUUUUGCUUGAGUUAUAAAAAUUGUUUCCUUCAAUGUCACUAUAUCACGAAUCUAACCCCGUUUUGUCUAUUUCCUUGGUGCGAGAGCUUCCCCCCCCCUUUUUUUUUCCUUUUUUUUUUCUUGGCACAGAGCGAAGCCGUGACAAUGACUCGGCGCUUUGUAGAACCGUGAAAACGCAGCCUUGUCCCAAUGCGUUGUCGGCUCGGUCAAUCCUUGACUCUACCGUGAGCUGUGACUUCACCGAGAGGAAAACGGUUUAUUUAAUUAAUUUUCUGAAAACGGACUUCUGGAGCAAGGGUAUUUGUCGAUUGGCAUGAUAUUAUAGUAGUUGCAAAACGUUACAGUGGUUUAUUGUCUGAAAUUAUCGAUACGUUUUAAGAUCUUGUUUGGUAAGUAACUGGUAUGGACUAAGAUUUCCAGUUUAAUGGAUUUCGACAUUUGCCUUGGGUCGGCGUGUUUCUCUUUUAAUAACUUUUCGUCAAUUAACGGAUAAAUUACUGUGAAACUCAGAAAACAGCGGACAACAAAAAUAUUUCUGGCAUGUGAUUGCGUCGCAAGAAAAAAAGUACAUUAGGUAUGAGAAAACUAAACAGCGCCGCAAGCAACCAGGGAAGUUUUAUGGUUUUAUGGUCGGUUAGUAAUAUGACCGUCAAAAUCCUAACAGCUGCUGAAAUGAACCCUUACUGUGUUUUUGGUUUGUAUUUACUAUUUUAUGUUUCCUUCGCCGUGUUACUUGUGUCACUGCAUGAACAUUAAGACCUCAAAAUUCCAUGUUCCCGAAUGUUAUAAGUUUUUAGGGUCAUGAAGUUUACACCGCAAAAAAAUUCAGCUCUUAGGGAAAGGUUUAAUCACCUAGGCAACUCGCAAUGGCACAAACAGAGAUUUGGGCAAACAUUGAUAGGAAGCCAAUUCAACUGGACCAUCAGGUUGGUUGGACAUUUUUACAGGGUACCGAUAGAGUAAAGAGAUCUUUUCACUUACACUUUUGGCGCAGAACUGUUUUUCUUUUUACAAUGCCCAGUAUUUAUUCUUCCUUUAUUCUAAGCAUCACGAAAUGAUUGACAUGCUGCAACCAUCCGAAGAGCAACGUUUAAUGCCCUGGACGCACCAUUAGAGCUCAAGUACCUUAUUUACUUAACCCUCUUCCACCUCCAACAACGCUGAACCUUGUUACAAUCCGUUCCGCCGACUAAAUAUAAAUAGAGUGUUUGCAGAUAAAUGGAAUGGACCGACACACGACUAAGAAGAUUUUUUCCCAAGAACCCAAACUACUGAUAAAGAGAAUAAUUGGAAGUUUGCAAGUAUAAUCAACUUGUGUAUCAAAAUGUUUCAAACUUAUCAGCCGUGUAGCCUGAGAUCAAGCCGAAUAUUAUUUUCCUUUUUCGUGGUCGCGUCCAACCGAAACGAAAAACAAGCUUGAUAUCAUCAUCAGGUUAAAUUGUAAUAGGACGGUACUCGUCAAUCCGAGUGGGAAUAGUUAGAAAGUCCGUCUUUGUAUAAAUUAAACACAAAAAAUAUAAAAUAUGUUUCGUGCAAAGGACGCAGCAGUAAAGCUCAUCACAAGUGCCGCGGUCACACAACUUGACCCUUUAACGCGAAUUACUCUAACAGUUCGAAAUCAGUGUUCUAUUGUUUAGCGUUCCAUCCACUGAAUACGAAUAGAUGUUUUUACAACUGGACGAGGGUUGGCGCACGAUCAUACAAUUUAUCCACCAGACAUUGGCUCAGUAGAUAGACUCAGAUGUGUCAAUCAUUUCUAAAGCCUUUUGAAACAAUAUGGGACAAAACUCUCUAGGGAGAGGGGGGCAAUUCGUUUUUACUUACCCCUACCCGGAGAGUCAGUACGGACGUAUUGUGACGUUAUAACCAUAUUUUCUGGGAUGGAUAGUUUACCAUUUUCUCUUAAGUAUGGAGCUUCACGCUCGCGCGCGCUUUGCGGUAGCGGAGGCUCCGCUUGUAUUUACAGAUUUUCACCACAGAAAAUGAUAUCCUUUUUAAAAUCUCACCCCAGGGUUUAUUCUUAAAGUAUUCUUAAAAUUUCGCAAAUUCGAGCCUCGAUAUUCUUAUAAAAAAAAAGAGUGUAAAGAAGGAGAACUUUUACUUGGGCGGAAACAUGAAGACAUAUCUAGUCAAUUAGAUCAUGCCGGUGUUUUUGAACUGAAAAAUUCACUGGGUUGGCGUCAGGAGCCCUAUGGUUGGCGUUUGUUCCAGUUUGAAGUGAAGAGGUCAUCCUUGCAGUCCUUCUUUACUCUAGAGCACUAACAGCGCGAAGAGAAGAGGAAUUCUAUUGGUACGCUGAAUUAAUGUGAUAGGCAGCGAUAUGACUGAAAUCUAUUCACAGGCGCUCACAUAUUUCGCUUGCUUUCCUAACUCUUAGGAGAAUGAGGGACUUCUCAUAGUCUACUCAAUACCGAAUCAAAGUUACUAAAUCAGUUUUACUACUACUUAUCGAUCGUAGCGUCAAUUAUAACCCCCAAAGCCUAAAAUUUACUUGCCAGAGAAGCGAGUAGCUUGAAGAAUAGAAGGUAUAAGCUCAAAAUGGAAUCUCUGUACGCUGCAACUGGAAUAAAAAAAACAAACAAGAAAGACAAAAUUCGUCUUCAGAUGCUGUUUUAAACAUUGUUAACGCUUCAAGUUCUCUUUUCACAGCUGGGAGUAUUUCCCGCAUGACCACGCCCAGUCACGUGCUUAUCGGUGGGGAGAGGAUGGUUUACUAGGGAUCACGGACCAGGAGUGCCGGCUGUGUUUUGGUUUGGCUUUGUGGAAUGAAAAAGAUCCCAUUCUGAAAGAAAGACUGUUUGGUUUGACUGGAAAUGAAGGUUAGAAUAUCUAGUAACCCAAAUUUUCAACAUCGUUUUGACGUAUUGAUUGGGUCAUUUAGUUAUGACGGACCUUCAGCAACGACGACGGCGACAUCAACGAGAACGGCAAAAAAGCAAUAGGUUCAGAUUAGCAAAAAACAACUCUGCACGCGCAUCACGCUUUAUUGUACAUUUCUUUGCCACAACGGCACGACUGAGACUUGAAAAUGCCUAAUCUCACGUUUUUUCACGACUUUCUUUUUCUUUCCCUGAACUUCGAUACAGUCUUUUAGAAUUCUUUUCAAGAAAAAAAUUGCCAUCAUUUGUCACAUUGAACGAGAUGGAAUAAGCCUGAUAAAGUUUGAGACAGCGCGACUUUAACCAGUUGGUACAGAUAGGUAGAAUUAAACAUCUUUUGGAUAAGAAAACCUUUUUAUUACUUAUAAAUAGCUUUGUUUUCAGUAAACUUUUUUAUUGUUCCUCAGUAUGGGGGAACACAUCUAAACGUAACCUACACAAACUGCAGUUGGUACAAAAUUUUGCGGCCAGAGUCGUGUUAGGUUUAAAGAAGCUUGACCAUAUCUCCCAGGGACGGAGAUCUCUUAAAUGUUUAGAUGUUACGGAGAAGGUUCUGUUUAAUGACUUAGGUUUAGUAUUCAAAUGUGCAAAUGGCUUAGCUCCAGAUUAUUUAGGUAAAUAUUUUAUUAAACGCUCAGCAGUUCACAACAAGAGGAUGUAACAAUUUUGUGGUCCCCCGAUGUAGACUAUCAGUGGGACAAAGGGCAUUUUAAUUGAACUACUGUAACUAAGUUUUCUUUUCUUUUCUUAAUUACCAGUAUUAUGUAAUAAUUAACAUUGUGACUGAAAAGCCCUGUUGAAGGGAGUCUCAAUAAAGUAUGUAUGUAUGUAUGUCUUCACUUUUAAGUGACGUUUUCGUAACCGUCGCCGUGGUUGUUGCUUCAGUUUAGACAAUUUCUAUGUGUCCGAGUGAGUAAUAAUUUAAUUACCCAGGGACUUGGGGGACGUGGAUAUGACCAAAAGGAAGCCACUUGAAUUGUGAAACUUAUACAUUUAAAAGCCGAUUGAAACCCAAAAAAAUAAAAACAGUAUUUAAUCAUCAAAGAGAACUUAUUCUUUCCUUCCACUCUAGUUUUCAAAAAACUAUAUUGUAGUCCUGGUAACCUGCAGAUAUUUAAAAACUUUACUUUAGUCCUUAUAAUUGCAGAAAAUUUUUAUAUUGUUCUUUACAAAUAGAUCAAGACAGAAAAAUGGGAAACAGAAGGUAGAGUACGCCCCCACGCCCCCUCCCCCCCCAACAGAAUGUCAGUCUUCUUUGAAAGAAGACAGUUAAACUUUUUCAAGUACAACUAAAGAUACAGAAAACAACUUUUCAGGGCUUCAAAUUUCUAAAAGUAUGAGUAAUUGUAAUUUUAAAGAAGUAACUAGAGUUGCCAUCUCCAUUUGUACCUUCUGUCCACUUUUUUUAAAUAUUGACAGCCGUGUGGCUGGGUCAAACUGCAACUAUAGCAUAGGUUUUAGAGUCUUCAGUUUUUCACGUAUUAUCUCACUCAAGUUUAUGAAUAAAAUUGUUAUUUUUAAAGGAAAUCAUGGUGAAGAUGUGAAGGAAUGCUAUUACUAUCUUGAUUCCACUCCAACACAUUCUUACAUGAAGGCCUUGUACAAGUACCCUCAGAACGAAUAUCCUUAUAGCUGGCUUGUUGAUGAAAAUCGAAAAAGAUCACGUCAAGAGCCUGAAUUUGAGUUGUGUGAUACUGGUAGGAGGAUACUUUUGCAUUAUUCUGUAAAUUCAGAAUUUUUUUUAACGAAACCUGCCUUCCUUCAUUCCCCCAAAAUCCUAGUGUUAAGGAUCAAACCUUUCUUGGAUGCUUUGAAACAUUUAGCUUUAGAGACUUCUUCCCCUUGGAAUUUCAAUCGACCUUCUUUACGACUUCCAUUGGUAUUUUCCUUGAACCCCAUCUUCAGUGUGGCUAAAUUCUUUCUUCACAGGAAACUAAGUCAACCUUUUAGAAAGAUUAUCACCACCCAGGGGCGGAUCCAGGAUUUUUUUUAGCAGGGGGUGCACUCGUCUCUUGCUCUACUUCAACACCAAUAAACCACAUAGUUUUUUUUUUUUUUUGCAGAAUACCAGUUGUAUUAGAAAACCGCAGGUGAUCUCAGGGGGGGAGGGGGUGCGCACCCCCUGCACCCUCCCCCUAGAUCCGCCCCUGCCACCUCUAUCUUUAUUCUACAACUGGAUGAAUCACAAGUAAACGUCAACGGACUUACCGUCCGGGGCUUCAAUGUACUACACUCUCUCCUGUUUAAUAUUUGCCACACCUGAAAUCUAUAAAGAAAAAUAAGCCUAUUACAAUCAUAGAAAGUUAUAAUCCCUUAAUGAUAUAGUAACACUCAAUUAGGGAAUGAUUUAUACCUCCAAAAUGUCAAGUUGCGAAACCAGGGCAAACCUCCGUAACCAACCUGUGUUGGUCUGUGCUGUUCCUUCCAUAGUGCUGAACUUUUAAGUGUCAUUCAAUUGACACAUAUAAAUAAAUUUAACUAUCUUGUAGGUGUGUUUAAUGACAGUCGUUACUGGGAUAUCUGUGCAGAGUAUGCAAAGAAUACACCAGAUGACAUUCUCAUCCGUAUCACAGUAACAAACCGUGGUCCUGACACUGCACGGCUUCAUGUCUUGCCAACAUUGUGGUUUCGAAACACCUGGAUCUGGGGCUGUAAGCAUGAAGGGUGUACAAAGAAGGCAAGCAUCAUCCAGAAAACUCAAGACACUGUGGAGUGUCAGCAUGAAACAUUAGGAAAGGUUUCAUUUAUUGUUGACGUUGGACCCGAAAAAAAGACGCCAGAGCUUCUGUUUACUGAGAAUGAAACAAACAACAAGGUACGAUUUUGUUCGUAACUUAUCACCGCCUUGAAUUUGCAGUAAUGGAUGAAUGUAGAAAGGUAAACUACUGGAACAACCCUGUUUGUCAAACAAACUAUCUGACAACUAUAAAACUCAAAAUAUUAACAACCAGCACGCGGACCAUCUUAGGUAGCCGCGCUAGUAAUGCGCAUGCGUUGAGUCCCGUGGAAAGAGUAUUAAAUAACACUGAUCUCGAGCCAAAAAAAUUUUUGCGUUAUAAAUAAAUGACAAAUUAUGUUAGCAGUGCUUUUUUGGAGAAUAGGAGAUAUGUCCACUUUUGACAGGUUUUCUAUCGUCGCACGUGACAGAAAAUGCAUCGUUUUCCGAAGAAAAUAAAGAAUAAGAGCCAAAUUGUAAACAUAAACAAAAGCCAGUUUCUAAAGUAAAGUCGCCUGAACAACAAUGAAAUGACCGCAUUUAUUAAAAAUAGGCACAACAUGCAAACUUUAUGAGCUCAAAAUAUAACAGAGGAGAUGAAAACAGACCUGAAUGUGUGUAAAUAGAAUCCCAGACUCUUUAAAGACCUUUUGUUUGUGUGUUUUGGCGAAGAUGAGCCGGUUUCAAGUCUGUUGUUAACGAGUACGUAGCUGUUUGAAACUCCUAGAAUUUGGGGGAGAUUUUUCUUCUUUCCAUCACAAUUUUGCUCUGCUCAGUUUUUCCGGUUGCAUUCGAUUUACAUGAAAACCGAGAGACCAUCAUCAACCUCAAUAUUAUUUGUCAUCAUCUGAUGCAGUCUCUGUUUUCCUAGCAAAUGUUUGAAUGAUUGAAACGUACCCCGAUGCGCCGCCUAAAACCCGAAAACAGUUGAUUUACUACAAACCUCCUUGACAAGUUUUAAUUUCUGACCAAUCAAACUCAUAAAAAUGUCCCACGAUAUUACAUAUUAAACCGUUCAAUUAAAUAUAUGUAUUGCGCGCGCGUUUGGUAAGGUAAUAAAAAUCUCAAAUUGUAAUAACCCUUUUAGAUAAUGCGCGCGCACAUCAUAGCUUCACGUGUCACACUACGGAAAGAAAUAACAACAAAGAAAAAAAUCAUUAUUUGUGUAGGAAAAUUUCCCAGUCUUUCCCUGAAACGUUUAGAACAUUUGACCUUUCAUAAACCUUGUCAUCUAAAAAAGACACAUCCAAGUUAGUAUUUUAAUGUUUAUACAGUUACAACAACAGAACUUCGUCUAUAUACGCCAGACAGUUAAACCCUUUUUUAACGUCCGAUCAUGCAUGUGUUUUGUUGUCCAUCUUUAAAGCAUCUGUAUGGUGUCGACAACUACACAACAUUCACCAAGGAUGCCUUUCAUCGCUAUAUCAUUCAUGGUGAAAGAGAUGCAGUCAAUCCCGAGAAAAAAGGCACCAAAGUGGCUCCUCAUUAUUUGCUGGUUGUCCCUUCUGGGGAAGAACGAGUCUUGCAGUGUCGACUCAUGGCUGAGGGAGAUGUUGUGACUGAACCAUUUGCUGAAAGAAAUUUCGGAGCAGUAGUUCAGAAGCGACAAGAAGAAGCAAACGAAUUUUACCAAGUUGCCAUGCCAUGUAAGCCUUCAUAAUGCGCCCUGAUAGAGACUUUUUCCAAGGUUUUAUCAAAAACAAUUAAUUAAAUCCAUGUUCUCGCAAUAAGGAACAAUGUUAUCGAUAUCUAGUACAGAUCGUUCUGGACAAAACCUAACGCGCAAAAAAGUACAAAUUGAGGCACUGACAAAAACUGGUUAAGUGUCAACUGCCGUACUGAUUUUAGUUAAACACGGUCGUUUUCUUUGGCGCCCUAACAUAGCACAGUAAAGACUGCGUUAAAAAUUUGAAAAGACAGUAGCGUUGCCUGUAUUAAGCAGAGAUGAUUCGCCCAAAUAAAUAAUCUGUCAACAACAACGACCACAAUUUGUGAAUUUGUACUGUUGUACUAGGGUAAGUGGAUCAAAGUGGAUGAAGGGGGUAAAGUGGCGGGAGGGUGAGCGCGACCUUCCCUUGCGAAGGCUCAGUUGUUACUCUUGCUAUUCUUUCAGCUGGCUUGACUCCAGAGGAAACCGAGGUGUCUCGUCAGUCCUAUGCCGGCCUACUGUGGAGCAAGCAGUUCUAUCAUUACAUCAUUAAAGACUGGUUGACUGGUGACCCGGAGAUGCCGACUCCACCCACUGAAAGGUUCAAUGGAAGGAACUCAGCAGCAGGGUGGAGACACUUGUUUAACAGAGACGUUGUAUCCAUGCCAGACAAGUGGGAGUAUCCCUGGGUAAGUUUUUCGCACGAUUUCUGAGUUUCUGCAACACAUCACCUGUUUCUUAGAAAAUUUAAAGGUAGCUUUGCCCCUUUGCAACUAUUUUCGCGAUCAAGUGACUUAACAAAGUGAAAACCGGUCCUGCUUGCUGCACGUCUGCUAUGCCCUUUUAUAAGAAACAUUUUCCUGUGGAACAAUGUGGACUCCAUCUUUUCAAUCUGUUAAGCCAUUCAUUUGGUAUGUCCUCUAUGUUAAGUAAAAGAGAAUUAGUAUCUAUAAUAGUAAUUCUUACAUGUUCUUAUUGUUAAUGGCAGCAACUUCCAUAAAACAGUUGCAGCAUGAGCGAAGAUGCGACUCCCAAGUGUGAAGCAGUUGACUUUUGGAACGAACAAAAGAGAUUACCCCGCGAGCGAAGAGCACUGAUUAAAAGCUGCUUUAUAACAAUCAGUCUCCACGAUUUUUCAUUUUUUUAUCUUUCCUUUAGAAAGAACAGACCCGAUAGAUCUUAACGAGUCAAUUGACCGUCAUCGAAGAGUAUCGUGUAUUAAAGUGACUGGCCUUAGGGGCUGACCAUUCCACUUUCAAAGUGGAAUAGUCAGCCCCUAAGGCCAGUUUGAAAGGAGCGGGGGAGGAGUUAUGGGUGAUAUGGUUUGAGCAACAAAUUAUUUUCCAAGCCUACUACUUUGAUGGAAUUUGAUUCCUAACUUUUGGCUCUGAACAUAACACUAGGGAUACAUCAAUGCAUUUCUUUGCAAUGGCUGAAAGUGUAUUGCCGGUUUUGAGUAAAUUAUAAGUAUAUUAACGGGAGCUUCGGUUUUAGGCUUGCAUGGCUAAACUCAAAUUAGUUGACUAUAACAAACUUCAUCAUAUUGAUGGCGCUUGCUGUCUGAUGAAAUGUGGUCAACCAUUAUGGUUUGAUGGCAAAUGGCUGGGCGUUUUGCAUUAAGGGUAACGCUGUAUGUAAUUAAUGUGGAAAGCUGUCGAGAAAAAGGUGCUAGAAACGAAAGGACAAAAAAGCCAUCCUCUAUUAAAUAAGCCCGUCUGCGUUGCUCUGACUGAUUGGAAGAAAAGCACGUCCCUAAAUAUACACUUUGAAAAGAUGCGAGUUAAAAUAUAACUUUGCUCUGAAUCAGAGUGAAGUCUUACUGCAAUAUGGCCAAUAACCUCUCUCCAUCUCUUUCAGUACGCCACAUGGGACCUAGCUUUCCAUAUGAUUCCCAUGAGCGUUAUAGACCCCCAGUUUGCAAAGGAUCAGUUAAUCCUGUUUCUUCAAGAAACGUACUUGGCGCCAAAUGGCCAGAUGCCAGCUUAUGAGUUUGCCCUGGGUGAUGUGAACCCGCCCGUUCACGCGCUAGCAUGCCUUUUGGUCUACGAAAUGACGGGGCACCCUGGAGACCGGGACGAUAACUUCCUGAGAGUUUGUUUUCGGAAACUACUCAUUAAUUUCACCUGGUAAGGAAGUAGGAUCAAAAGCCCUUUUUUUCUUAAGUUAUUCGGGCAAGGUAAGACAAAUUAGUAUCUCGAAACUCUUGUUUCUUGAUUUUAUAAAAAGUCAGAUAACUUCUUUUACGUUUUAUUGUUUUGUUUUUCUACACAUGAUACUGAUUAGUAAUGAACAUAAAAGAAAAGAAGUAAAAGUUGAACAACAGAGCGAAUCUACUUUCUCUAAGUUAGAAAAAGUGACUUGAUCAUUUUAUUAAGAUAACAGGGCAACACAGAAAUAAACGUUUUUACGUGUGAAUUCGAGUCCCUCUUCAAUUCAUAGGUGGGUGAAUGCAGGUGUUAGAAAAUAUUCAUUUGUUGCACUUCGGUUUUUUUUUUGUUCAAUUCUUAGGUGGGUGAACCGUAAAGAUCCCUCUGAUACGAACAUUUUUGGCGGGGGAUUUCUUGGUCUUGAUAACAUUGGUAAGGACCCUUGCUCUAUCCAUUUGUCAGAGUAACUGAAUAUUUCCAUGGCUGCACUGAGAACGUAGACAGUGGCACAGAGUGUAAGGUUUCCUAUAUUCGAUCAGAAAUUUGCAGAAUUAUCCCAGAGGGGUUGUUAUGGAAACGAAAUUUAGGGCACUCUGUAAAUACAUUCCCCUGUUCUCUGCUGCAUAAAAUAGCUUUCCCACUGAACCAAUUUUUGGAAUUUUAGAGAAGCACUGGCGUAAUUCGACUUUAAAUGUUUCUCCGACAAUGUGGACUAGGGAAGGUCUGUCCUUUGUUCUACGUGACGAAUGGAGCUAUUUUCACCCCAAUUUGUGUUUAGCUUACGAAAAGACAAAACAAUGUUUUCGAUUCUCUACUGUUUUCAUUAUCUACUGAUGUGUCCGUGAGAAUGUCUCGAAAGAACCGUGGCGAUACACGUCUAUAGUUGGUUUAGACUUCAACUUCAACGUUAUUUAAUAAAAAUAUUGAUUACAAUAGACUGGCCCACAAAAUAGCAACUGCUAAUCUAGGCAGACCAGUUAAAAGAAAAAUAAAGUGAUAAGAAAGGAAAGGAAGGAAAAUAUUUUAAGUUACAAUAAAUAAUAUUUCUAUCAUAGUUUUAUUUUAAUUACAUUAAAUCUAAGGAAAAACGAAAAAGGAAUUGACAGAGAGCAAAAAACAAAUACUUUUGUACAGAAAUCACACCAAUUAAGGGAAAUUGAAAGUCGACUUCAUCCAGUAGUAAUGUUAAAUUUUCCAAAUUUUGGUUGAUGCUUACAACAUUAUUGUGAAAAACUGAAAAACUGGAUUGAACCUCACUGAUGGAUAGCUUUCUAUCAAAUAAUUUGAAACUAUGCUGUGAUAAAUAUCGACAUUGUCUGUGAUCGUUGUUGUUACUAUUUAAUUGACCGUCAAGAUUAGUAGAUCUCAGAAGACUCUCCUUCGUCUAACUGGAUUGAAUACUGAAAACUAUUCUUUUUUGGCAGGAAUCUUUGAUCGGUCCCAGAAUUUGCCAUUCAACGAAGUGCUCUUACAGGUGCGUUUGCUGUUUUGCCUUGAGAAAUAAAUCCUGUAUAGGACUAAUCAUUCGAUUUUUCCCUUUAUCUUUGUAGGCUGAUGGUACAGCGUGGAUGGCGUUUUAUUGUAUCCUAAUGCUAAAGAUCGCUCUGAUCCUGGCAGAGAAAGACGACACAUAUCAAGACAUAGCAUGUAAAUUCUUCGAGCACUUCACUCAAAUCUCGGAUGCAAUUAAUAAAAUGUCCUCCGGUCUGGGCUUAUGGGAUCAGCAAGAUGGCUUUUAUUACGACCAUCUGAAUGCAGGCACUAACUCCGAGCCACUACGCGUGCGCAGUAUGGUUGGCCUCGUUCCUCUUAUGGCUUGUCUUGUUCUUGAUAAUAAGUUCAUAAAAACCCUACCCGUACUCAAAAAGCGGGUUGAAUGGUUUAUGCAAAACCGGAAAGACUUAGCUUCUCAGGUAAGUGACCCGGAGUUUGUGAAAAAAAUAUCUCUUACAUGACAUUUGCAACAUUCAAUUAAAUGAUAUUACCAGAACGACUUUCAAAGUUCAAGCCAAUAAUGUCGACAAAGUUCUCACUCUUCUCUGCUUCUGACUCUUACAUUAAAAGGGUUAGUUAAGUGUCCCGAGGUAUUAAUAUCACCCGUCAGGAAUCGCCGAGGGGUGGGGCUGGGAAGGUUUAAUUAGCCCCUCUUCUUUUUGAGAUUUUCGAAAAAAAAGUACUUUAGUUUAUCAGAUUCAAAACUGUACAAAAAGUAUUUUAUUUAUUCAAGCAAUUGCUGAACUCUCUUUAACUUAGUAAUUCUUUUAUACUUUCCUCUUUUUACCCAACUUUUGAGGAUUUCUUACACCAACUAAACACAAACAGCUUGCGUCUGACUUCAAAGUUAUCUGCUGACAGUACGGAUAAAUUUUCAAACGGUUAAGUACAUAUAAAAUUUUACAAACCAAAAAGUGCGGGAUAGAUUAACAAGAAACCUGUCCAGGGACUUAAUUUUGAACAGCGCUAUGGAGUUUUGUACGGUGACUCUAACUUAUGAGUCUGCGGUUCAAAUCCUAUGGUGUGACCAUUCAAAUGAAAUCUCUUCAGUAGUACUUUCACAUGUUGCUACUUGUUUUUCAAAAUUUCACAAAACUAAAUUUGGAAAUUAGGUCGAAAUUUGCUUUUGGCAAAAUUUGGCAGUGAAAGGGUUAAAAGCACAAUGCGUUUUGUUCUACAUCCUGAACAUUUUGAGGACAGUCCAUUUUCACCUUUUCAUAUUCACGAAGCCGAGAUAGCUCUCCGAAUUUCACCUCGAUUCACCUGAGCUAAUGAACAGCAACUAAAUAAUUUUAAAAAAUUGUGCAUAACUAUUAUUCAAGGAUAAAAGUUUUAGAUGCAUUUCAGAAAACCCAAAUUUCAAAUUUUCCCGGGAACAAAAUGACAACUAUAAUUACAAUUAAAGGCUCCUUAGAGGUACAUUAAUGAACAGUUGUGUUCAUUAAUGUAACUUUAGGGAACCUUUAAUUAACAAUUAAAGAAUGAGGCUGAGUAUCUUAUGAAGAAUUAUGGAGAUUGAGGCUGGAGGGUGUAAGAUAACGCCCUCCGAGAUCUCCGAAAUUCUUCAUAUGAUACGAAAACCGAAUUCAAUAUUUGUUUUAUUAUUCAUUCAAAAUAAUUCCUAGUUUAAAAACAUGGCUAAAACAUGCUUACCUCCAUCGAGCCAUCGAUGUUAAGUUCAUCUUCGAUAGUGCACGUUUAGGGUUGUUCAUCUCCGAAAAUAUUCUCCAAAUAGCAGCUGUCACCCUUUGACUUGUCUUCUUGCUGUUGUUGUCAUGGUUUUAGCUAUUAUUGCGCCUAGUUCUUACUCUUGAAACGAGCGAAAUGUCCGCUAUUUUUGUUUUCACAACCAAAACAACUCAACCUCGUCCCCAGGUCUUCUCGGUUAACGGUGCCUUAACCUGCAAGAAAGCUGCACUUUUGACUUCAUCGGUUCAUUAAACGCAAAAUUCUUCCAAAUUUGGCCAUCAGUAGCUGGUUAUGGUGAAUUAUGCAUGUGCUUUUGGGCAAUCAGAAUCGGGGACAUAUUUUGAAUGAAUAAUAAUUGUAAUUAAACGAGUCGUCAUUUUGUCCCCGGGAAAAUGCCCCCCAGUACGCUCGUACCUAACGAUUCAGAUUAGACCCCCUCCCCCAAACUUUCAACCGACCUCGCUGCGCGAUUCAUGUACAUACAACUAUGGCAAACGAUGGGGAUGGCCACGUGACUAUUUUUAAGCAAAUCUCAUUUACUUUUUUUUGCAGUAUAUUGCCGAUUAAUUUUCCCGACUUUUUGUCAUAGGUAUCAUUUAUGAAUACAGGUGGAGAGAGCGACUUCAAUUAUUUACUUGCCAUUCCUACCAAGGACCAGCUUAUCCGUGUGCUAAGUCGUAUGUUAGACGAGGAGGAAUUUCUGUCACCUUAUGGCAUUCGUUCAUUGUCCAAGUUUCACGAAAAGAAUCCAUAUAACUGGAAGGAGGUAAACGGUCAAGUUUACAGCGUACAGUAUGUCCCAGGGGAGUCUGACACUACCAUGUUUGGCGGGAACAGCAACUGGCGUGGACCUAUCUGGCUUUGCAGUAAGUACAGUAUUUAAUAAAACAAAGUUUGAACGGGAAUGUUUUUACCUGUCAAAUGAAUAUAGACUCGAACAGGAAUCAUAGGUAACGGGCAAGAUCCCGUCGGUACCCAUUCUCACCACCAAGAGUAAUCAAGGAUCAAACCCUAAGAAAAAAUUUCCGACCUUCAGAUGAGAUUCGAACUCACCACAUCUCCAAGUUCUAGUUCGGAUGCUCUGUUAAUGAGCUACUAGAGUCUCUAUACAAAAUAGUUGGUUUUUUAUGUCCCGCGAGAGUUAGAUCGGGGAAGUGUUGUGUUAUAUGAGGUAGCUCAUAUAAUAAGCCCCAAGGUUUUAAUUUGAGCUUCCUCGCUAGAAAAAUACUUUUAAUUCUUUUACUUACAAUUUACGUCUCUUUAAUCUUUAAAUAACAUUUUUGUAAUAUAUUGCAUGUCUGUGUGUGUAUGUACUUUUUUUCUGGCAAAUAAAUAAACUGAAACUAAACUUGAAUAAACUGACAAGGCCCUGGUUUUUCUACCCUGCGAGCAGAGGCUACUUUUCGCACGCCAGCUCAUACCGCGAAAAUGUAGCCUCUGCUCGCAGGGUAUGGUUUUUCCGUCCUUUUCCGAGAACGUCAGAGCAGAAGAAGUUUAUAGAUGUACACUUACUUUGAAACAAACAUUUGACGCAUUGGGCAAACUGUGGCGUAAAACAUGGGUGAAAUAUCUUGCCGGUAAAGCAAAAAUUCCCAGGAGGGUACACUAGAUUUUAAAGACACGUUAUUAAGUUCUUGUUAUCGAUACGUAUGUUUGUAAGUGGUCAAUCUCUGAACGAAUAGAAAAGUGAUAACGAAGUAUUAGCUAGUUUGUAAAAAUAACGAAAACGUAUUAGUUAAAUGUUUUUAGGAAGAAUCGGUUUGUCUUUUUGUUCGCACUUCACUUUAAUGUACGACAAAUUACACAAGAUUUGUUUCCGCUCCUUUUUCAACUUACUGCAGUAUGAUAUCUUUAUCAACGACGUUUUUCUGUUAACCUUUAGUGAACUACCUCCUCAUAGGGGGCUUAGAACUCUACGACCGUUUUUACGGUGACAGCUUGACGAUAGAGUGCCCCACCCGGUCGGGAAAUCACAUACGCCUGCGUGAUGUUGCUCUUGAACUGAGCAGGCGCGUAGUGUCUUUGUUUCUGCCCAAUAAGGAUGGACGAAGGCCAUGCCACGGAGAUGAUGAGAGAUACGCCAGUGAUCCACACUGGAGCGAUCUGGUGUUGUUUUACGAGUACUUCCAUCCAGAAACGGGACGAGGGUGUGGUGCUAGGUAAGUAACUUGGAGAUUGUUUUAUCUUAACUUACUACUUGACAAACCUCGUUUUCUCAAGGAGAAUUUAUUUUAAAACUCUCUCAAUUUGCCAACCCAAAAAUGGAUUGGCACAGGACCCCCAUCAUAACUGAUAGCACAUCUUUGACGUUUACCAGCUUUCAUCAGCCAAACUUCGCUACUAAGCAUCGUCUGUACCACUCUCAAAUUUUAUGUACACGUCCAACAUUUAGAAAAUUAUAAUACGACUUGACACUUGAACCUCCGAAUUUUGAUUUUGUUUAUUGGUGUCUGUUACACGUAACAGUCCAUUCACCUGAACGAUGAUAAAACCUCGCCCUAGAGCUUGUCCUGGCACCAAUACGAUAAUGUUAAAUUUUCGAGAAAAUAACACACAACCCAAUGUUGUGGGAGAGGUUUCCCAUUAAGUGUCUUAAAAGAAUAGUGGAGAUAAUUUUUAGGACUCUAAUUGUCUUUAUGAACACAUUGGUAUUAUUCUUACGUUGAUUUUUUUCUCAAUAGUCACCAGACAGGAUGGACCGCGCUUGUCAGUCGUCUGCUGUUUAAGCUGGCCAUGAAUCGCUAA